AACCGUUUCCGGGCGACAGGGUACCAGCAGUAAACAUGGCGGAGGAACUGCUGGAAACAGUGGAGAGACUUCAGUCCCGGCUCCAGGAGAACCAGGAGCCCCGAAAGCUGCUGAAGACUCUGAAAAGACUCGGGGAGCUUCCUAUGACUGUGGACAUAUUGGUGGAAACUGGAGUGGGAAAGGCUGUGAACUCCUUCAGGAAACAUGAAUUAGCUGGAGAAGUGGCAAAAAAUCUCGUAGCCAAAUGGAAGAAACUGGUUCCUCAGUCUGGAGACAGACCCAACAGCCACGGCUCCAGAUCUCACACGCAGGCUCGAGGCCACGACGCGAGCGGCAGAGGAGACCAUAAACGUACCCGAGAGCCCUCGCCUGAGGAAGACCGCUCCUACGUAGAGGAGGAAGAGGAGGAAAGAGGUUACCACACCAACUAUUCGCCCUCACCUCCUCAGCACGACCAGUACAGUCCCCCACAGCGAGGAGGGUAUCACUCAGACGAAUACGAAAGCCCCGAGCCCGAACCUGAACCCAGCCCGCCACCACCUCCUCCCCCUGUUUCCCGCAAAGACGUCCGCCACACCAAACCAAACAAGGAGCCGAGCAAGAACCACCACAGCGACCGAAACCGAGACGAGGAGCGGCGGCAACGCCACGCACAGACGAAUAGCGAUAGAGAAGGCGGAGGGAGUCAGGGGAAGAAGCGAAGCGGAGACCGAGAGAGACAUCAGAGUCCGGUACAGAAGGCUGCUAAACACAGCAAGAAGUCAACCACGCAUGACAGCAGGAAGGAGGAGAAGAAGAAAGGAGGAGAUGAAGGGCGACCACGAGUGCCGAAGGACUCUCCACCUAAGGAGGAAGAAGAGGACUUCGAGGUGCCCACCAUGUCCUUCGAGUCCUUCCUCACAUACGACGCCCCGACAUCUGUGAAGAAGAAAAAGAAGACACCGUCAGCUUCAGCUUCAUCGCACAGUCGGCCAUCUCACUCCUCCUCGUCAACGUCGUCUUCCCAUCGCACACGAACACCUCCACCUCCACCUGCAUCCUCCUCUUCGUCCUCUUCUUCUUCCAAAGUUUAUGAAGCUGUGCCGACUGUUCCUGAAAUUCAGCUGCCAGCGAUUCAGCCCAAUUACAGACCUCUGCCCUCCAUUGACAUCACACCGCUGUCCCCUCAGAGACGCAAAGUUCCUGUGUGCAAUGAAGAGGAGGAUGCAGGCUUCACGGGGAAGCGGUUUAACUCCAAGAUGGUGGUCUACUCAGGAUCGAAGACCGCCUACCUGCCCAAGAUGAUGACGCUGUACGAGCAAUGCAUCCGUGUCCUGCAGAACAACAUCGACUCGAUCGCCGAGGUGGGAGGAGUGCCGUUCGAUAUCCUGGAGCCGGUUCUGGAGAGAUGCACCCCAGAGCAGCUGUACCGCAUCGAGCAGAGCAACCAGUGGUUCACGGAGGAAUCGGACGAGCUGUGGAUGCGUCACUGUCGGCGCGACUUCAAGCGGGAGUCUCCGCAGGAGUACGAGUCAUGGAGGGAGUUGUACCUGAGGCUGCACGACGAGCGCGAGGAGCGAUUAAGGAUGCUCACACAAAAUAUCACGUCUGCGCAUGCCAACAAACCCAAAGGACGUCAGGUUAAGAUGGCGUACGUUAACUCUGUCGCCAAGCCGCCCCGUGAUGUUCGCCGCCGACAGGAGAAGUUUGGAACCACCAGUGGUUCGACAGCCAGCUCCACAGCAGCUGCAGCUCCUAUCAAAAUAAGACCGGCUACCACUGACUACUCCGGAGAAUCAAGCCAGUCGUCUUCCUCCCAAAACAACCCUCCUCCCGCUGGUUCAUCCCGCUUCUCUGCACCGAGCGGAGCAGGACACGCCGCCCGGGAAAAACCUCAAGUCAAAAAAAUCGCCCCCAUGAUGGCCAAAACUAUCAAAGCAUUCAAGAACAGAUUCUCCCGCCGGUAGUGUGAAAGAGACUGAAUGUAUUUUAUGUGAUUUUAAUUACAGUGUAGCGGAACUGGACUGGAAACCCUCCAACCCUGCGCGCACACUUUCAGCCCCGCAAACACAUCACAUGAACUUUGCAGUAUUUGUGGAAAAAUGGUUAACUUCCUUUUUUUUCUUUGUUUUUUUUUGUGGGGGUGGGUUGAUGUUUUUUUUUUCUGUGGUGACGUCUGUUUUGCGGGUCUUAAAUUAAGUAUUUAAAUCCUAAACGAUGGUACACAUGGUAGAAGGACACACACAAACACAGUCAGUCUGUUACUGAAUCAUGUUUUCCAGCAGACGGUUUUUAAAGAAAGAGUUUUUGGGGGAAUUCUUGCUGCGAGGUUAGAUUAGAGGAUUUUUCUAUCGCUUUCUCCGGCAGCACAAAGACUGGAAAGAGGGGAGCAGCUCGUUUUCAGCUGUAACAAAAUCAGCCCCAACAGAACCUUUAAUUGUCAUUAAUUAACAUGUACAUUUGUACACAGCCAAAACGUGCACAAAAAAUUUGUGACUUUUUAAAAAGUUUGCCUCAAACCUGCAUUCUUUCUAAUGGCCAGUAGAGGGCGUCUCUGAAAUUAUAUUGUAUAGAAGUCCAGGAGUAAAUUCUUCUAAUGUGAUCCGUAAACUCAGUUAACAUUUUCCUGAAGAGUUUAUGGACUCAGCUGCUAAUUUUAAGUCUUAAUCAAUGAAAAAUAAAGUUAAUGCUGUAAAUUAUUUUUGCUAAAUAAUUUAAAUUAUUUGUGGGUGGACAAGUCACUAUGUUAGCCACCCGAGUUUUAAAACUCUCAACUCAGUGCUCCACUAACCAGUGGGUGAUGUCAUGAUGGCCACAUCCAGCUUUUAUAUACAGUCUGUGACUAAUUGCACUAAUCAAUUUGUUUCAAAUUUUCAUUUUUUUUUUAACCCCUCACCUGUAAAAGGCUGACAGUGUACUGUCAUCACUUGGGUGGCAGGGAGGGCAGUGUAGGAUUUUGAAAUUGAUAGCAUCGGUGCAUCUACUAAAAAUCUCAGAUGAUUUUAAAUCUCAGUGACCUCGACCUCAAGGUCAGGGCUAGAGGUCAAGUGUAUGAAUGUGAUAGCUCAAGAAGGAACUCACCUAGGAUUUUCACAUUUAUAGCGUAAGUGCAGUAUUUUUACUGCUGUGACGGUAGACUUGACAUGCAAAAUGUUAAUAUUUAUGCUUGAUUUUCUCUUUUCAUAACAAUUAAAGAGAUUACAUUUGUUAAACAAUGAACUUAAACGUUUGUUUUUCUCCCUUGUUUCCUGUCUUUGUGCCAAGCCAAGCGGUUCAUAUUUAUCAUGUGAAAGAUGAUAGUUUUAUCUGUCUUCUAAUCAAACUAGUAAUGAGCAUAUUUCCCAAAGUGCGAAUCUUUUCCUUGUAAGGGACAGAAAAAGGGCUCUUAUUUUAAAAACAGUCAGCUGUUGUUUCUCCUCAUGACCAAAUGAUACACUACAGUGGGAAACUUUUACACUUUUACUCUUGUUUUGUCUCUUGAUCGCAUGCACCGUGCACGUCCCGACACCCGAGACAUCAGCUGGAUGGUGGGGGACUUUAAUCAUGUUUUGCCUGGUGCAUUUAAAAAAAAUGUGUUUGGCUAAGAUGAAAGCACAGCAGAGCGUGCGGCGUCGUAGACUUACUUUAACCCUCCUGUGGCUUCAAUUCAUGUUUCCCUGCUGUCGAAUGUGUGCUUCCCUGUUUUUAUCUGCUUCACUGUGACAAACUGAUUGAGUGAGGAGAGAUUUGGAAAAAGAAACAUAAGUUGUCUGCAGCUGCAGUCCAUGAUGAUGAUGAUGAUGAUGAAAUGUAUUUAUUUUCAACACUGGGACCUGGCACCCCACAACAUGGGCCUGAAUGGAAGUAGAUUACAAAUUGUAAUUUUAUUAGAUUUUAAUAAAUGUUAUAUGGUCAUUUUUAUUAAAAUUGACUUUUUUCCCUGAA